UCAACUGUCAUUGUAGCAAUAGAGUUGCCAAGAGUUGAUAACAACUAAACAAAAAACACAUACAACUGACAAUUUUGACAUAUUUUCAUUGUAAAAAAAUUAUUAAUCGAACACGUCAGCUAGCCUACCCAAAAGUUAAAUUUUUCGUAAAAUUUUCAAUAAAAAACAUAAAAUCUGCAAAAUUCUUGAGAAUUUUAUAUAAAUAAUUUUAACUUGCAAACUCAUUAAAAUGGUUCUGAUAGCGGCAGCGGUGUGUACCAAAAAUGGAAAAGUGAUCAUUUCACGUCAAUUUGUGGAAAUGACUAAGGCUCGCAUUGAGGGUUUAUUGGCUGCUUUUCCCAAGCUAAUGACUGCUGGCAAGCAGCACACCUACGUGGAAACCGAUUCGGUGCGUUAUGUUUACCAGCCUAUGGAGAAGUUGUACAUGUUGUUGAUUACCACCAAGGCUAGUAAUAUUUUGGAAGAUUUGGAAACUUUGCGUUUAUUUUCCAAGGUUAUACCUGAAUAUUGUCAUACUCUUGAAGAGAAGGAAAUUCUGGAAAAUGCUUUCAAUUUAAUAUUUGCUUUUGAUGAGAUUGUAGCCUUGGGCUAUAGGGAAAGUGUUAAUUUGGCACAAAUUAAAACUUAUGUAGAAAUGGACUCCAACGAUGAGAAGAUUUAUCAAGCGGUUCGUCAAAGUCAAGAACGUGAGGCGAAACAAAGAAUGCGUGAGAAAGCCAAAGAAUUGCAAAGACAGCGCAUGGAAUCGGCUAAACGUGGUGGUCCGGUGGGCGGUAUGGGCGGACGUUCUAGUGGUGGCUUUAGUUCGGAUGGCUUUGGCUCGAAUAGCAAUAGCAGCAGCGGUGGUAUGGGUGGUUUCAGUAGUGCCCCCUCCAUUGAAAUGGAUAAUAAAUCAAUGGCUCCUAAAGCACAAAAACCUGUUUCACGCAAUGCCCUCAAAUUAGGCGGUAAAACAAAGGAUGUGGAUAGUUUUGUUGAUCAAUUGAAGUCAGAGGGUGAGAAGAUUGCCAAUUUAACCCCGGCCUCUGCAGGCGUUAGUGCUGCUGUGGCUUCAGCUAAAGCUAAAAUUGUGUCUGACAUUCAUACGGAAAGUGUUCACUUGAAAAUGGAAGAUAAAUUGGUGGUACGCAUAGGACGUGAUGGUGGUCUACAACAAUUUGAAUUGUCCGGUCUGCUAACUUUACGCAUAACCGAUGAAAAUUUCGGACGCAUUAAAGUUCACUUGGAAAAUAACGAUGCACAUGGCAUACAACUGCAAACACAUCCCAAUGUCGAUAAGGAACUAUUCAAAACUCGCUCAAUCAUUGGCUUAAAGAAUCCGGCUAAACCUUUCCCCAUGAACACCGAUGUGGGUGUUUUGAAAUGGCGUUACGUUACACAGGAUGAUGCUGCCAUACCAUUGACCAUUAAUUGUUGGCCUUCGGAAAAUGGUGAAGGUGGCUGUGAUGUUAAUAUUGAAUAUGAAUUAGAAGCUCAACAUUUGGAAUUACAGGAUGUUGCUAUUAUAAUACCAUUGCCCAUGAAUGUUCAACCAUCUGUAGCAGAAUACGAUGGCACUUACAACUAUGAUGCACGCAAACACAUUUUAACAUGGAACAUACCAGUUAUUGAUGCUGCCAAUAAGUCCGGUUCCAUGGAGUUCAGUUGUAAUUCAUCUAUACCUGGAGAUUUCUUCCCAGUUCAAGUUUCAUUUGUCUCAAAAACUCCAUAUGCAGCCUUAAAAGCCAAGGAUGUUGUUUUAGUGGACAACGAUAGCAGUGUGAAACAUUCAACAGAAAAUAUACUUUUUGUUGAUAAAUAUGAAAUUGUUUAAUUACUAUUACUAAUCUUCAUUUUUUGUCGUCGUAUAUAGAAUUAUAAUUUUUCUCAUCAAUACUUUUUGUGCAAACAACAAAA